CUUUUGUGUAGAGAUGUUUGUAGUGGGGCGAGUAACUGCGUGACACCAGUCAUUAGCAAUUCAAAGCUCCGAUGCUGCGCCAUAAGCCACACUAGGGAAACAUCAACCCUUUCCUGUGCGACUUCAACUCCAAUUUCUUCUUCUGCUCAGGGACCUCAUCAACCGCAGAACUGGAAUCUAAAAUGAACUGGGCGUCUUUUUAUGCUGCCAUCAGCGGCAUAAACCGGCAUUCAACCGGGAUAGGGCGGAUAUGGCUGUCCGUCCUCUUCAUUUUCCGGAUCCUGAUUCUGGUGGUGGCGGCAGAGAGCGUGUGGGGUGAUGAGAAAGCCCAUUUCAUCUGCAACACCCAGCAGCCGGGCUGCAACAGCGUGUGCUACGACCACUUCUUUCCCAUCUCUCAUAUCCGGCUAUGGGCCCUGCAACUCAUCAUGGUCUCUACCCCCGCCCUGCUGGUUACCAUGCACAUUGCACAUCGUCGGCACAUCGACAAAAAGUUGUACCGCCAGGCAGGCCGCACCAGUCCAAAGGAGCUGGAGCAGAUAAAGAAUCAAAAGAUGAAGAUCACAGGAGGACUCUGGUGGACUUACGUGAUUAGCCUGUUGUUCCGUGUGCUAUUCGAAUCUGGCUUUAUGUAUCUGUUCUACAUGAUUUACCCAGGCUAUAAGAUGUUCCGUCUGGUAAAGUGUGACUCGUACCCCUGCCCAAACAUAGUCGACUGCUUUGUGUCCCGGCCUACAGAGAAAACAGUGUUCACUAUAUUUAUGCUUGCCGUAUCCGGCGUCUGCAUCCUGCUCAACAUUGCAGAAAUCGUCUUUCUUGUCGCCAGGGCAACAAGUCGACACCUGAAUAAUUCCAAGGACUCCCCAGUGGGAGCCUGGAUCACUCAGAAACUGUUUUCAUUUUAGAAGUGCUCAGAUCAAUUUACUCUAAAGUCUAAAAUAGAUUUCGCUCAAACACAAUGUUAAUGAGUGCUAAUAAUACGCUCACAUUAUAUAUCGAUGACUUUUAUUUUAGAACUCAGAACACUGUACAACGUGUACUAUACAAUAUGCAUAUUACUCCAAAAAUGUUCAGAGCAAUAUUGAAAUGCAACGCGGUUAAAAGAAAUUGUAUACUUAUAUUGAAGCUAAAAAUACUACAAUAAAAUAAAAUACUUAAUUUAUUUGUGGGAGAAUCUGUGUCUUUCCAAUGACAGAUUUUACACAUUGUGUUGGCACAUAUUUUACAUAUAUUAUUUAUUCCAUUUUUAAAUAUCAAAAACAGUGAACUGACAUGUGUGACUGCUAGCACUAAAAGGCAAUAUUUUAUUUGUCAAUUAUUACAUCAAUAAAAGACACAUGUU